CGGCUGGUGUCUCCCAUGCCACCUGUGGGUUUCCCAGGACAGGUCCUGUCAGGAGGUGUCUCAGGCGGUGCUUCCUGGGGUUGCUGAAGCAGCCUGAGCAAGGCUUUGGGGGCAGGGUUGGUGCAUGGCCCUGUGCCUGGUCCCCGGUGUCUGUGCAAAGAAGGGAGCACAGAGCAAGCCCAGGGAGCCCAGCAGGGGUAUAGCUGUGAGAAGGGCCCCGGUGCCGUGCACACUGCUCCAUGCAGUGCGCACGGCAAGCCUGUUUCUCGUGUUGGCACCGGUGAAAAACAAAGUAGUUAUGGUAAAGUGGGAAACUGGGCAUUUCCUCCCCCUGCCCUCAAUUUGGGGGAGCACCUGGUCUGUCCUGAGCGACACCCAUCCCCAGGCACGUGGACAGUGGCCCUGGGGGACAUGGCGGUGCCGCGGGGGGCUGCGGCGCUGGGUGCGGGGUGGGGGGCGAUGGAGCUGGUCCCCGGGCGUUGCCGCGGCAGCGUUCGUAUCAUCGCGGCGCCGCGGGAUUCCAGGCAGUUGCCGGCGGAGGCUGGAGCGGUGCUGCCGGGCGCCCGGGGUCUGCACAGACGGGUAAGUCGGCUGCGGAGAGCGCUGCCCCUCUUGUGCCCCCGCCUGAGGCAACGCGGGUGUCGAGAGGAGGCCUCUUGCCCCAGGGGUUGUCAGAGUCAGACGUGAAAGAGCCGCGGGGCCGGCGCCCUCCUGCUCCUGGACGAGGUGUCCCAGGGGGACGCGGCCCGACGGGGUGGGAUUUGCACCAGCCCCACCAGCGAUGGGACCGGGAAGGGCAGUGGGACCCGAUCCUGCAGGUUGUGUUCAGCCAAGAGCGGGCACCAGGUCUGCGCCUUUCCCUCGGGGGUGGUUUGUGCCUGUGUAAAGCCCGGAGGGAGGAAACGGAGCCGAGCCCGGCCGAGCUGCCCCAGCCCAGACACCUGGAGAUGGGGUUUCUCCUCCUUUUUAAUGAAGGGGAGAAUUGAAGAACAAACCCAUACCGAUUAAUUUAUUCCUUGAAAUCACAGUCCAGGGGGAAGAGUAAGUAUUUCCUCCAUGUUCAUGUGAUUUUAAUGUCCCGUCUUGUUUCUGUUAGUAAUCAUCAGGCGCCGUUUGGAGAGCGACAGCAGAACCGGUUUCGUGGAGGAUUUCGCUCUGCGAUCUCUCAGCCCGGAGUGAGCAGGUCAGGAUCGGUCCUUGGGCAACGCUGCCGGAGACGCCGGCAGGGGUCGAGCUGGGAGGGGAGCGAGGGGCUCUUGUGCUUUCAGGCCUGUGGCCCGCGUCCAGAGAAAGUGUGAAGCAUCAAGACGGAGCCGACAGGACCCUGCCCUUGGCGUGAGGGGCUGAGUAAUGUUCCCUGCAGUCAUGUGUGUAGGGUCCAGGAGCUGGGCAUGCUCUGGAUGCCACCCCCUGCUGAGGCCAUGAUGAGAAAUGUUUCUCCUUGAACUCUGUAUGUUUUAUCUCCAAUCCAGAACAUCAUUUCUCACACCGGUGUCGUACCUCUUCCCAAAGCUACCUGGGACAGGGCUCCCCUCCCUGCCAGGAUGGCUGGAGCGCGGUGCACAGCCAGUGUGGACUGGACCCCGGUUACAAUCCACUUAGAGCCACCAGUCUUGAUGGCACAGAGCAGGACACUUGGUCUUUCCUGGGCACCAACACGCAUGGAGUAAAGCUGCAGGCACAAGCCAGUAGCGCCUGUGAUGUGGAACAAGGCCAGCGCAGGGUGGCAGGACUUUCUGUUGGGUGGCAGGAAAGGGCCAGGAAGAGAAGAUCAGGGAAGAAGAGGGGUCCUGGCAUGGGCAAACAGAGAGGGGACUAGGCGGGGGGGAGGAGAGGUGUAGUUUUGUUUUGGGGGAAGAGGCUGUGCACAAGGAUGGCUUCCAACAGGAUGACAUAGUCCCUUUCAGGGGUAGGUGUCCCCCCAUCGACGGCAGCGACUGCUGCUUGAGGCGGCGAGGGACAUCCAUCGGAGGAGAGGCAGGAGACCUUAGUCCAGAGCCGGAGGGAGGAGUGCGGCGUCACCAGGGCCUGUGAGCACCCGCCCAGCAGCGCUCCAUCCCCCAGGGCAGGAUGGACAGGCUGCGGCAGGUGCUCAGGAGGAGGUCGGCCAAGGUGCUCUCCAUGGGAGAGGAGAGCAGCAGGGAGCCUGGGCAGGAGGAGCGGGGCCCCACCUGCCGUGAUGAGGAGGGGCCCAUCAGGGCAAGGAGGUGGCUGUGCCCCAUCUGCUGCCGAAGUAAACUGGCAGCUCCCAGCUGCAGGGGAAAGGAGGGAAAGAAAUCAGCCACCUCCAAGUCCAGAUGGAGGUGGCCAUGGGUGCGCCUGGGCAGGCGGGAGCCAGCGCCAUCACAGCUCCCGGCACCCGAAGAGCCGUGCAGCUCCCCUCCUGGGUCAUGGGGCAGCCUGGAGCCCGGCCCUGCAGCCCCGCAGCAGGAGGCAGCCCCGUGCCAAGCCGGGGACGAGGGCCCAGCUGCCCUGGGGCAGGAGCUGAGCCAGGCCCACAGCAGCCCCUGCCCGAGCCGCAGCUCCUCCUGGGAUGACUGGCACACGUCCCAGGAGUCCGGGAGCACCAGCCCCAGCACCAGCUCCUCCUCCUCCUCCUCCUCGGACUCUGAAAAGUCCCAAGAGGCCCAAAGCACCAGCACGAGCACGAGCAGCAGCUCCUCCUCGGAGGACAGCGAUAGCUCGGAGGAGUCCAACACCACCAGUUCGACCAGCAGCUCCUCCUCGGAGGACUCCAGUAGCUCCCUGGAGUCUGGGACCAGCCCGGCCCCCGGUGCCACCUGCACAGUGAUUCCCAGCCCAGCCGGCGAGGAGCUGGAGGAAGAGGAGGAGGAAGAGGAGGAGGAGGAGGAAGAUGGAAGGUCCCCGGAAGAAGCUGCCCUCCUCCUUGUGAAGAAACACCUGCAGGACCCCGGGGAGAUGCUGGACGGGAAGGACAGGCAGCGCUUCCUGCUGGCCAUCAUCAGCCUGACCAUCGCCGCGGACCAGAGCAGAGAGGUGGCUGUGGAGCUGGAGGACCUGAAAGCGGCCGUGCUGGAGAGGAUCGUGGACCUGAUGGAGACCAUCUCAGUGGAGGGCGACCGAAAACACAUCCUGGCGUACAGCAUAGACGCCAUCCGCUGCCUCAGCGACCCGAAGCUCAGCCUGGAGCCAGCGCUGGAGUCGCGCCUCCUGCGGGCCGCCGUGGAGAAGAGCUUCCUGGCCAUAGGGCGUGAAACCCAUCGAAACCAGGUCGUGCAGCGACUGUACGAGGAGUACCUGGAGGGCCUGCUGUGCUGCGUCUUGUCCAGCGCCCCCAGCCUGGGCAAGCUCUACUCCAUCUGGGAGCACUUUACAUCGUGGACUGAGGCGCCGGAUGCCCAGCACCGUGCACUGGGCAUGAAGAUCAUGACCGGCGCCAUUGCCUUUGCUGUGCAGCUCCUCCCACAAUUUGAGGUCAGUGAGCCCCUUCCUUCCCCAGUGUCCUGGUCCCCUGCCUUUGGCAGGGCCCUCCUGGGAGAGUGGGGUCAAAGCUGGACAAGGAGCUUCACUCCAGGGCUUUGCUUCUGCCUCAGUGGUGCCCCUGACUCUUUACGGGUCUCUUUUCCAUGGCCUGCUCUGGGCAUGGUCAGCCCUGGACAUGGGGCCUACUAG